AUGAUACUGAUACCGGUAUUAAUUCUUUCAUUGAUUGUUUGGUUUACUCAAUCAUCAAUUGCCAUUGAUAAUGCAAUUCCAUCCAAUCAAUAUUAUCAAGAACAUCUUAAACUUAAACCAUUACCGAGAAAUAAAUUAUUAAGUGUAUUUGACUUCCAAGUAUCAUCAUUACCAUUCCAAUUAUCAUACCACAACCAUAAUGAUACUAUUGGUACUAAUAACAUACAAGACAUUCGACAUUAUACAUAUUUCCCAAGUACAUUAGGACCAAUAAUCGAAUCAACAAAUACACGAGAAUUAAGUCUUAGAUUCACUCAAGGUUGGUGGGAUGCUGAAUCUUGGGGGAAAUUACCAAACAAUGGGAAAUUUACUGGUGGAACAGGAGUAGAAGUGAUUGCUAUUAUUGAAGCUCCAAAUAUUGAUAUUGCUAAAGCAAACUGGCAUAAAUUAAAUAAAGUCCUUUCAGGUUUCUUUUGUGCUUCAUUAAAUUUCAUUCAAGAAGAAAUUACAACAUAUCCUAAAUUCAUGACCAAUAAAGCUAAUGUGCAAUAUUUACCUGAAGAAGGAAAUAAGUUAUAUUUAAUGAGAGCAGCAUUACCAAGUGAACCGGUUUGUACUGAAAAUUUAACUCCAUUUUUGAGGUUAUUACCAACUAGAGGAAAAUCGGGUAUUUCUAGUUUAUUAGAUGGCCAUAAAGUAUUUGAUUCCUUAUGGCACGGAAUGUCAAUCGAUGUGACUACUGAAUGCAGUGAUGAUGAUGAAAAUAAUAACAAUUGUUCAUUGAAAUUACACCUGACAGUAAAUCAAGUUGUUGAUAUUAUUAGAUCAAUUCGUAAGAAAGAAGAAGGUGGAAUUCCAAAACCCAUUGCGGGGGAUAAAUUACGUUGUGAUAAAUCAAAAGCAUAUACUGCUUGGCAAUGUUUCCCAUUGGGAGAUCCAACUGAAUUACAAUGGAGUUUGGAAACAAUAUAUGGAAGAAACAUUCUCGGACCAGCAUUUGAAGAUGAUACUAAAAGUAGUGGUAUAUCAACAACUGAAGUUACAGUAGAGGCUGAUCCACAAGCAUGGAAAGUUCAAUUAAGAAAAUUAUACUCUGAUUAUGUUGUUUUUGUAUCAAUGAGUGAUGGAAUAUCAGAAUCCGAUUACUUACGUGAACAAAUCAAAUAUGAUGUUCGAUUCGAAACUACAGAUAGUAGUGUGGUAUUACCUAUUGAAUCACCACCUUUAUAUGUUUCUAGAUCACUUACCGGGUAUUCCUUGGAUCAGGGUGGAUUGCGUGUUUCAUUCAGUAAUCCUUCCACUACUGAAUCAGUUAAAUUUAUCUAUUCAGAAUCAGUACCUUGGUUUAUGAGAUUGUAUUUACAUACAUUGGAUUUAUCAGUUAGUGAAAUCAAAGGAAUCAGUCAGCACGUAUCCAAACAAGAUCAUUCACUAUAUAUCAAAUCCACCUAUUAUCGUCCAGCCAUGGAUAGACACAGACCCAACCAUAUGGAAUUAACCAUUGUCAUUCCAGCAAAUCUGACGCUCACUAUGACUUAUCAAUUUGAUAAAUCGCUAUUAUUAUAUCGUGAAUAUCCUCCUGAUGCAAAUCAUGGAUUUGAUGUUGAACCCGGUGUGAUUUCAAUACUUGAUGAACAAGAUCAAGAGGUUUAUCAAUUUAGAACCACUAGUUUGUUGUUGACUUUACCUACCCCUGAUUUCUCAAUGCCUUAUAAUGUGAUUAUUUUAACUUGUACUGUAUUAUCAUUAGCUUUUGGAAUUGUGUUUAAUUUAUUGACGAAACGAGUUGUGACUGAAGAAGAAUUUGAAAAGAUAACUGAGGCAAGUAAACUUACACAAUUGAAAAAGAAGAUUAGAUUACAAAUACAGAAAGUAAAAUAUAUCUUAGGUAUAUAG